UGACAUUUGUAAAAUAGCAAAGAAAGGUGUUGUUUGUGUCACCGGAUAUUUCCGUUUUUCAAUUGAUUGCUACGCAAAUGUUUUAUAUUUUGUAUUAUUAUAACUAAAGUUAUGAUUAUAUAAUUGUGAAAUGUCGCAAGUGAAGAACACGGGCAGUCAAAAAGCCGGCUGCAUUUACAGGAUAACCCUCGCUAACUUUGUGACAUACCAAAGUGUGGAACUGUUACCGAAUUCAUCGUUGAACUUGAUCAUCGGUCCCAAUGGCACGGGCAAGUCCACGUUUGUGUGUGCCAUUAUACUGGGGCUCUGUGGCAAGCCCAGCGUUAUUGGACGAGCUAAGAAAAUAUCAGAAUACGUGAGAAGCGGUUGUGAAGAGGCUACUAUAGAAAUAGAGUUAUACCAGAGGCCUGGACAGAAGAAUGUCAUCAUCACAAGGACAUUCAACACAUCGGACCAGUCCAAGUGGUACAUUGACCAUAAGUCAGUCCCAGUCAAGCAAGUGCAGGAACUUAUAGCUUCGCUGAAUAUACAAGUAGACAAUCUAUGCCAGCUGCUACCUCAAGACCGAGUCCAAGACUUUUCGAAGAUGAACUCUCAAGAACUACUCCGCAGCACGCUAUCAGCUGUGGGUGGGCAGGAGAGUGUCUCUCAACUGGACGAGUUGAUUGAAUGCCGGACUAAACAGAGAGGCUUGUCCACGCAACUACAGACUAACAGACAAACGAUGGAGGAGUAUAUACGUUUGAAUGAGAGAUUAAAAGUAAUCAUAGACGCAAUGCAACAGCGGAAAGAGAUUGAGAAGCAAAUAGAGAUUUGUGAGAAGAAGAAGAUGUUCCUAGAAUAUAAAUUCGCAAGGGACAAAGUUGUGGAAUUGACGAGAGACAAGAAUGAGGCUGUGAAAAUUGUGAAAACUCAUCAGAGUAAGGUGGAGCCCUUGGAGCGAGUUAUAGAGGGCGCUCGAGCAGAAAUUGGGCAGUUAGAACAAAAGAAAUUGGCUGCGAACAAAAAAACGUACGCUUUAAAAGAUCAAGCUAAAGAAAUAAUGAACGCGGUUCGCACACAAGAGCUCAGAUUGAAGGAGAUCGAAGGAGCUUAUCAAGACAAAGUAGAGAGAUAUAGAAAUAGAGAAAGAGAGUUACAAGAGUCUAAAGCGAAGUUAGAGAAGUUGAUUAUGGAUAAGAGUAGAUUGGUGGAGAAGGUUGGAGAUGCCCAAAUGGAUUUAGCAGAGAUCCGUGAGCCCAUACGCAAAACGAAUGCAGCUAUAGAAAAUCAGAAAAAGAAGAAAUUGGAAGUACAGUAUGAUUUGGAAAACAAUGUGAUGCCGCAAAUUCGACUUUAUCAGAACAAAAUCCGUAAACUAGAGGAUGUGGACAACAAACGUCUAGAAGUGUUGCGAGCUUACAGCGAAGAUACUUAUAAAGCGGUGUUGUGGUUGAGAGACAAUCGGGAGAAGUUCCAACAACCUGUAUAUGAACCGAUGAUGCUUGAGAUAAGAUUCACAGAUCCGAAAUACGCUCGCUACCUAGAGUCCACGGUCGCCGGCAGAGAUCUAAUAGCCUUCACAUUUGAAUCGACACAGGAUAUGAACCUGUUUCUACAGAACGUUAGAAGGGGGCUGGGUUUGAAGCAAGUCAACGCAGUUUGUAGUCAAAGCGGGCCUUUAGACCGACCUCCGAAUAAUAUACAGCAGUUGAGCUACCUCGGUUUCUACACGUACCUAGUGGACACGAUAACGGCGCCGUCGGCGAUAGUCCGGUACUUGUGUCGCAACUACAGCAUCCAUCGCGUCCCCAUCGGCAACGAGCAUACAUACAACAACAGUGGAAACGUGCCCGCUAAUAUUAACUUCUUUUUUACUGAGAACCAUAGGUUCUCAGUUCGCGUGUCUGCGUACAGCGGCGAGAAGUCGACGUCUACGACAGAGAUCCGCGCGCCGAAGCUCUUGGCCAACACCGUCGAUGUUGACCAAAUCGAUAAUUUUACUAAACAACUGUCCACAUUCGAACAGGUAGCGCAGUCUCAUAGAGCGAGUAUGCAAGAAGUUGACAGGAACCUGACGAAGCUAGAGACCUCGCUGAACGAGCUAAAUUUGAGGAGGAAAGCUAUCAGUGAGGGCGUUGAGAAAGUGCGAACAAUAACGGCCCAAAUUCGUAUACAAACGAAGAAAGUGGAAGAUAUAGAGAGAGAAGCGACGUUCGACAUAGAACAGGAGAGACAGCGGUGUAGGCAGAAACAGAAAGCGUGUAUCCUGAAACAGUGUAACAGUCACAUAGAACUAAAACAGUGUUACACUACACUCUGCGAGGAGACUAAAAAAGCACUGCUAUGGAAGACAAAACUGGACAUCAGUAGAAACGGGAUAGUCGACCAAGAAAACGAAUUGAGACUGUUGAAGACGGAAUUGAGAAAUGUUCAGGCAACCCUAGAAAACAUAGAGAAUCAACUGACCAGAGCCAAAUCGGAUGCGAAAGAGAAGUUACAAGACGCCAAAAAGAGUUGCAACAACAAAUUACCAGAAGAUAAAGAUUUUCCAUACAAGAAGGAGUUUGCGGACUUACCGAGCGAUCUGGCGAAGCUGCAGGAACAUUGCUACGAGCUGCAGACCAAAGUCGACUUUAUGGACAAAGGCGAUGAACAGGUAAUAAAAGAAUACGAAGAGCGAGAAAGAAUGAUAGACAGGCUAAGGUCUGAGGAUAUGGACUCCAGUAAUGUGACGAAAACGCUCGAGGCUAAGAUGAAUUCUAUCAAGAAAGCAUGGUUGCCGCCCUUGGAGAAUUUGCUUCGCGAUAUCGACAAGAGUUUUGGCGAUAUGUUCGCGAAACUCGGCUGCGCCGGCGAAAUCAAACUCGAGAAAGCCGGCGAUGAUGAGGACUACGACAAGUACGGCAUCUCGAUCCUGGUCCGGUUCCGCGAGUCGGAGCAACUGCAGCAACUGACGCGCCACACGCAGUCCGGCGGGGAGCGGGCACUCUCCACCGCGCUCUACCUCAUGGCGCUGCAGCGGCUCUCCACCGUGCCCUUCAGAUGCGUGGACGAGAUAAACCAAGGCAUGGACCCUAUAAACGAGCGGAAAAUGUUCGAGUUGCUCGUCAAGGUGACCACGGAAUGUGACAACGCACAAUACUUCUUGUUGACGCCUAAGCUACUAGCAAAUCUAAACUACAACGAAAAAAUAAUGGUCCACACGAUAAUGAACGGGCGGAAAAUUAUUCACUACAACAAUUGGAACCACGACACUUUCUUACAGAGAGCCCUACAAUACAGAAUGUCCUGACAUACUUUUAUAAACCUUAUUACAUGUACUUACAAAGUCUUAAUUUGUUUGUCUUACUCGUAGUUCGCUGUGAAUUUUCGCUCUCUCUAGAUGUCGCCACUGGCGUUUUAAAUCAGUAAGACCAAAUUUUAUAUUUUUGUGAAUGGAUGAUAUUUUUUUAUGUGAUCUCACUCUUUUUGGCCCUACCAGGGUUUUGCAGUGAUUUUAAAAAUAAUUUGUUUUAUAAUAUUGAUUAUACUAAAAAAAGGAAUUUUGUAAUUAUAAUAAAAAUUUAAGUAAGUCCGUAUGUCAGUCUUUUAGAUUCCUUUAAAGGCGUAAGUUUUAAAUAUGGACUGUCUUGGGUUCGAUUUCCAGACUAACUGGGGUUUGUAAAACUUUUAAACUAUUGUGCCUAAUGGUACAAUAGGAUUAUUACAUGGAUCUUAUAACAUAACUGGUGAAAGGUUGGUGUUAAUCUCUUUACGUCAACUACUUUAUAACUAAUUUGGGUUAUAAAGGACUAUUAAUAUCAAGGAAUCAUCUAAAAUAGGAUUGUGUCCAUGUAUUUGAUUUUAUUAUUGUAACUUACGUGAGACGUACUAAAUUCAUUAUUAUGUUUUUCGACUUACACACGCUGGACAACUAUGAACAUGAGCCUUUAUAUUGGCUUGAAACUAGUCGAAUUCUUCGUCAAACAUUAUUGUUAUAUGAGUGACUGGUAAUAAUUAGUGAACGAUAUUUAAACACGUGAUUGUACUCAUGAUUACAAACAACUUUCCCAAAAAACUGUUUUUGUAUACUCAUUCGUCGCGGGCACGCGCGCGUUAAAUUUUGUCUCGUUAAAUCACGUGUUCAAAUAUAGUUCACUAAUUACUAGGCACCCUAUAUACAUUUUUGGUGCCUACGUAUCUCAAACAUUUCUAGUUUGCGACCGUAUCAAGUAAUCAUUGUCAAGUACAAUGUAUAAACAAUACCCUGCCUACGGUUGAGGUUCUACUUACGGCUAUGUAAAAUAUCACCAUGUGUCAGUACAAAGUAGAUUGUAGUGAUUUUUUUUAUAUUUUUAAUUGUAAUUGUAAUGUAUUGAUUAGUUAUUGUUAAAGUUAACAGUUUUAACUGGUUAAAUGUAGUUUUAUCUUUGGUCCAAAGUGUGGCGGAUCUUAGCACUUGUUGGUGUUGCUGUUUGGGGAACAAAUUGGGGAACUUUCCCAGAAGACUGUUAGCUUCUGGGAACCGUGUACCUAUUAAGGUCCAGACCCCCCCCCCUUCUCCAACUCCAAUCCCCCAAAAGCCCGGCAACGUAUUUGUAACGUAUCAGUAAAUACUCUAGUGUUUCGAGUGACCAUGUGCGGCGCGAAUUGCUUACCAUCAAGUGAUCCGUCUGCUCGUUUGCCAACCUAUCCCUAUAUGAAAGGCAAUACUAACUUUCUGACCGAAGAAAUAGCCAGUCUGGUCUGGUUUGGUCACGUGAAGAAUUAACUAGCCAAUGAGCAAUGUCUUUGUCGACAAAAUUUGCAUAGCCCAUGUAGGAUCCAUGGCUAUUUUGACUCCAAAUGAUAAAAAACUAAAUGAAAAUAUUUUCUUCGUAUGGAAAAGCGUGUCUCCGUGAAAUGUACAUUUGACCAGUUAAAGACGUUGACUAUAAUAAGAUCAAAAUUAAUGUAAUUUUGGAUGUUAUCCAUUUUGUUUUUUUUAUGGCAUCGAUGUGAUAGAUGUUCUAGGGUUAUUGUGUUAGUUUGUUUGUCCACUGCUCGUAUUAUGAACUCAUCAUGUUAAUUGGCUGAAAUGUCUAAAAAUUUAAAUUACGACCGAGAAUCAUACUGCCUCGUUGGUCGAGUGGUCGCAAGUGCGACUGCCGGAUAAGGGGUCUCGGGUUCGAUUCCCGGGUCGGGCAAAGAAUUACUGGGCUUUUUUCGGUUUUUCGAAAAUUUCUCAGAAGUCUGGAAGAGUCUGGAAUUGUGUCCAGUAAAUGGCAGUAGGCUCACUCCACACAUGGGAAUGGAACUUUUAACACAAAUAGUGAAAAGUGGGUAUACAUUGUAUAGCGGCAUUACGUGCCGUAAUGUGCACCUUUGCCUACCCCUUCGGGGAUAAAAAGGCGUGACGUUACGUUACGUAAGUAUACACAUAUAUGAAAACUGGUAAAAAUUAGAUUUGUUAUAAUGUGAGCCCUCUUUUAUAUAGUUUUUUAGUAUUAUUUGUUCAAAUUGUCUACUGUCUAUCAUGGUUCAUAGUAGACACAGUCAGAAUGAUCGAUGAUCAUACGGAGACACUUAGUAUAACGUUCUCCUACAAUUGACAUAAAUGAAAAUUUCAUUACAAAUAUUCGCUACUAUUCCAUUCUACAGCGAUGUAAAUAAAACCAAUAUGUUUUGGCAUUCAAUAUGUACUUUAUGUACUCAGCCCUUUGGAGAAUAAACAGGGUUCGUCGGUUUAACGUAAAAAAAUACUUUUAUCUCUUUCUAAUUUCAAAAGAAAGAAAGAAAGAGACAACAUUACUACGAGUUUGUGGACAAAACGAACUAUUUAUUAUUUGUUAUAAUGUAAAUAAAACAUUAAACUGUAGUAUUCUAAUAUACAUUGAAUGUAUAAAACAAAUUAAAGUGAUAUCUAUCUGUGUUGUAUACUAAUUUGUAUAAUCGACCUUAGGUAAUGGCCUUAAGGAUUAAAGUCGCUUGCGUAUUAUAAAGCUGCAAAGAUUAAUUUAUACUAGCACCGAAUUGAAGAGCGUACUGUAAUUUGAACUCUCAAAGCAAAUGCAACCUUAAAUCUCUGCUAAAUAAGGCACAUAUUCCUAAUUUACUACUUUCAAGUCCCAUUUGUAACUCGAAACUAGUAGUAACAACCUCUAACUAUGACGUAAUCCAAAUUAAAUUGUAGAGUAAUUAAAAUAAGGGACAUGUACCUUACUUUGCAUAAGAUAAUUUAAAUUUAUUUAUUUAUUCAUUAAACAAUUUCGAUCAACUAACUUUAACUAGAUAACGUAUCACUAAUAAACAACCGUCGCAAAAGUCCCGAGUACUUGUUUGUAUAAUAUACUGAUAAACAGCCUAAGUGUGGGAGAGCCAUGCUUCGGUAUGAAUGGGCCGGCUCGACCGGAGUGAUACCACGGCUUCACCGAAAAUUGACGUGAAACAACGCUUGCGUUGUGUGAGUGAAGUUACCGGAUGCCCAAUUACUCAAUCCCCAAUCCCCGAUCCCCCAACAAACCUUAAAUUCCUAAUCCUCAAAAGGCCGGCAACGCACUUGAAAUGCCUCUGAUGUUUCGGGUGUCCAUGGACGGCGGCGAUAACUUACCAUGAGGUGAUCCGUCAGCUCGUUUACCGGGUUACACCAAAAAAAAAUAUCAGGCAUUUUCAGGCCUCCGGGGCACCACGACCUAUUUUAUGCUUCAUUUGUUUUUAUGCUUAAGCAGGAGUAGGAACGUGGUGGUUUUUAGUCAGUAAGAGUCUGACACUCCCUGCUGCCUCGCCCAAGGCGGGGAGUAGUCAUUGGAUGAUUGUCCCCCCUUAAAAAAAUCUGAUCAAAUAGAUCUGUUGUUGGUUACCAGUUCUUGAUAAUUUAGAAAAGGUACAUUCUAAGGUCGAUUAUAUUAUAUUUUGUAAGAUCUUUAGCGUAUUUUAGUAUUUUCUAUGUUAGUGUUAGUGCACUUUUAUACUGUAGUCUUAGUAUUUAUAUUGAGAUGCAAUGCAACAUUGUAUAGUAGACCUUAUUGCUUCCAGAAAUAGUGUAAAUUUUCGAAUACACUAUUUUUAUAUCGAAAAAAUAAGUCAGCAAUAAAAAUAUAGAUGAUAAUAUUGUAAAAUAACUUUUACCGUAGCAUUAAUACGAUUUUCACUUUUAUUACUAUAGUAAUAAGGUCCUUAAUAAGUAUUUGGUAUUGUAAAAAAAUCCAUUUUGCAGUCUUAUCAUACCCUUUUCCAAUUGUAGUAGAGUCUAAAAUUGCUUGUAAGAUUUAAAAUAUAAUUCUCAAACAUUUUCUACAAUAUGCAUUUUAUAGUUCUUAUAGUACCAAUAGUUCAAUAUUACAUAGUAAAGAUAGAUAUUUACUCUUAUACCAAACCCACCUUUGUGUCUACGGGAGUAGAGUUUAGAAUUGUAUGUAGAUUUUUCUAAGCAACAUGCAUUUCGUAGCGUAAAACUUGAAUUAAAACUAUACCGAACGAUAAUUUUAACAGUUAUAGAAAACACAAUAUUUUCUAACAGAUUUUAUUCCUUAUGUUUAAGGAAUUAUAGUCUUUAAUUGCAGUACCUUAGAACACAAUUUACUGUAUUCUCUCAACCCACCGUUUAAAUGGUUACCGAGUAAGUCCAGGUUAUUUUCACUCACGGGUAACUUUGAUCCAAAUACUAUAUAUAACCAAUAGGAAUCUAGAACAAAGCGUAUAUUAGUUUUUCAUUGGUCUAAAAGUUUUGGUCGAAAUUACCCACUAGGGUCAAACAAACCCGAUUUUACGGUAACAUAAUUUAUUUAUUUAGUCAUUCACAGAAUGUAGUGUUAUUUUAUCAGCUCUGAAUGUAAUGUACCAUUUACUGGUACAAUGAAAAUAGAACCUUAAAAACAACUAGCAUAAGGUAUACACAGAUUGUAGUGAUUUUUUUAUCAAUAUCAUUUACUGUUCAGAGAAAAUACUACCUUAAAAGCAAUUAGCGUAAGGUUGAUUUUAUUGCGCGCUUUGUAAACCCACAAUGUUCAUUGUUGAUUUAUUUGAUUAUAUAUUUGACAUUGUCCUUUGAAAUAAACCAGUGAAAUGUAAAAAUGAUAUUAAAAACAAGUGAUUUUGUCUCACAAAAUGUCCAUCAAAACUAAUUAAAAAAAAAAUAUUGUACUACUUACUACGCAAUGAUCACACGAAGGUAAAAAAAAAACCAAAAUUGUCGCCAUAAAUAUGAGCUUUAUUUGAUUAUUCAAAAACAAUGUGUUAUUGUAAAUAAAUAUUUUUUUUUAGUAA